AUGAGCAUGUAUAUAUCCAUUCCAAUCUCCCUCAUCCCGCGACUCAAAGCACUUUUCAUGGAAGUUGACGGUGGUCCAUACUAUCAUGGCCCAGACGGAAGUCCACUGUUGACGUUCAUCAUCGAUACUGCCCAGUUUGUUGGAAACAUGACCAUCCCUAUAGCUCUCAUUCUGUUAGGUGUCUUGUUUGCACAUCUAAAGAUACCGCGUCUGUUCAGUAAUAUGCCAUUACCUGCAAUGUUCUGGGUGACAUUCUGCAAACUGGUUUUGCUCCCAGUCAUUGGUGUCGUAUUCACCCAGGGGUUGACAUGCUGUGAUGUUAUAUCCAAAGAUGCUCUGGUCGAGUGUUUUGUGGCCAUGCUUUUGAGCAGGACACCAACAGCUGUGAAUCAAAUUAUUGUCACCCAGUUGUAUGCAAAAGAUCAUGACUUGAACACACUAUCUGCGUUCCUUCUGCUGCAGUACAUUUUCAUGUUCUUCUCGACUGUGACCAUAACUGCAAUAGCACUUUGGCUUCUUUAA